GUCCGACCCUCGUGAGAUAGCCAUGUACAAGGAUAUUAUGGACGGGGGUUUUCGGUUCCCCAUUCAUCCCUUUUUUGUAUCGAUUUUCAACGAGUUCCACCUUACUCCUAGUCAAAUUAAUCCUAAUGCAUGGAGAAAAGCGUUAUAUUUUCUGUACGUCUGUCUCAAAAAGGGAAUUUCACCUUCCAUGGAUCUUUUCAGGUGUAUCUUCGAAAUGCAUGAGUUAGUUCAAUGUAAUGCCUUUGUCUAUUUUACCACUAGGGUACCUAUGCAAUUUCCUAAGUUUAGGAAUUCGAAUAGCGGAUGGAAGUCCCGAUUUUUCUUCGUCCGGCCUUCAAAGGGUCAGUUUUCUUUUAACACAAACUGGCGACACCCCCAAAUUCGUCUCUUCAAUAGCCAAGUAGAAGCUACUCCCUUUCUAGAAGCUCAAAUCCAGGACUUGGUUGAUGUUCCGCCCCUUGCACCUGACUUAGGGUCAGUCCUUACCAUGAAGAACAUGUUGAAAGUGGGGAUGAGUCGUCCAAUUGGUAUGGACUUUGAUCUUGAUGAGGUAUUGAGGACUCUGCCAGGAGGAGAUGAGGGCCUUACCCUCGUUGAUGGGGCCGAGCUUGAUCUGGAAGGAGUCAUGGACUCCAUGCCUGACCAGGGGCAGGAGGGUAAGGUGGAUCCUUUGCCUAUCCCUUCAAAAAGAAGAAGGGGGGCCGACCUUGGGAGAAAGUCUCAGACGAUCAACGAGACUUCUCAGCCUUUAGAUGAGCCUCGUGAUGUGGUUCCAGCUCCUAGGCCGGGAGCUCCUAGUCGUGCGCGAAGUGAGCGCGAGGACUCGCUUCCUAGCUUUGGGUUUCCUCCCACCCGGGGCUAUCAUGAGAUGGGGGUGCUUAAGUCGUUGGUGACCCCCGCUCAAUCCAGAGCGAUUGCAGGGCGUAGCGCAGAUGACAUAGAAAGGGCUGCGGCUGUUUAUCUUCAGAGGGUAUGUUUCUCAUUUCGAGAUUUUUUUUUUUAUGUUGGAUCUCGCUUUUUAAGUUAGACCUUAACUCGUGGUUUCACUCUUUUUCCCCUUAUACAUUUU